UUUUGCUUUGUGAAAUGCUCAAUUCACCUUAUGUUCUGUUGAUUUGGAUGUUGUACAUCAUCAGCAGCCUGAUGGCGUGGAUUCAGUGCAGACCAACUACGACCAAAACUAGCAACAGCAGUGAUGUGUCAUCGUUGGGUCCCAAAUCCAAAUUCUACCAUGCGAAUCGUCCAUUUUGGAACAUAGGUCAUAUGGUGAACAGUAUCAAUGAAGUGGAUGAUAAUCUGAAUCGUGGUGCGAACGCUAUCGAGACUGAUGUUUAUUUUGCACCAAACGCAACACCCGUUUAUACAUUUCACGGUUAUCCUUGUGAUUGUUUUCGUCGUUGUGGUGAACGGGAGCGAAUGGAUGUUUUCUUGAAACGAAUUCGUUCAUUAACAACACCGUCCAGUUCAAUGUUUGACAAACGAUUAUUGCUGAUCGUAUUGGAUUUGAAACUGAUGCGAAUUAGUCAUUCAGCAAAGGCAUUAGCCGGACAACAACUAGCUUCGGUUAUGUUGGAGCAUCUUUACAACACCAGCACACGUGAUGGAUCGCCAAAUGGAUCCCGAUUACGUGCCGUCAUAUCGAUCGGGCAUGUAUUUGAUUAUGAUUUUGUUCUGGGAUUCCAUAAUGAAAUGGAAUCCCAAGGACGUGAUUGGCUUCUCACCCAGUACAUCGGAUGGGAUGUUGGCAUGAAUGAUCCCUUGUUUGCCAUCGAAUCGAUGUGGAAACGAUUGGAUAUGGUUGUCAACAUUUGGCAAGGGGAUGGCCGAUCCAAUUGCAUGACACCAUUCUACAACCUGGGCCGCCUCACACAGAUUGUCAAACGACGUGAUAAUCCUUCCUUUUUCGCUAUCCGAAAUUAUAUCCGCAAAGUUUAUCAAUGGACCGUAGAUCUUACCGUUAACAUUCGUACGGCGUUCAGAUCGGACGUGGAUGCCAUUAUAACUAAUCAUCCGGAACGUGUUUAUAACGUAAUGCGCGAACGUGAAUUUGCCCCUCGUUAUCGAAUGGCCACCUAUGAUGAUUCGCCUUGGGAACGCAUAUGGACACGUCCAUCACGGCCACAAACAUCAUCAAUGUUGACCAAACCAACGCUGGGAUUAAAAUUGAUGAAUGGCGCCGGUGAUAUGCUGGAUUCGAUGACUCGCUUUAUGGCCGAUGCUCUUAAAUCACAAACUCUAUUACGAUAUCUAUUUCUUUCCCAAUAUCGACAACGAUCAUCAUCAUCAACCGACAACUUCUAUGACAGUUUGCGAAAAGAUCAUCCAACGACGAUAAAUGAUGAUUCAAUCACCACUACCGAACUUGUUAUCGUGCGAAUCAUUCAAUUGCUGAUGAAAUUAAUCAGUUUGAAAUAAUCAUCCAUUCAACCAUUAGAUGUGCCGGUUUGGUUUUCGGAAAAAGUCAUACAAUUCAAAUAAGCAAACCAAACCACCAUAAAGUAAACAUCAUUCAUUCAUUGCUUUAUUGUCAUUGAAAG